AUGGUGGAGGAUAUGAAUGUGAAAUUUGACAAGUAUUGGGAAGAAUUCAGUGACAUACUUGCAGUUGCUGCAAUUCUUGAUCCAAGAUUAAAGUUUCCAUUUCUGGAAUAUUGUUACAACACUUUGGAUCCUUCAACCAGUAAGUCAAAGUUGGCCCAUGUCCGCAGCAAAAUGGCGAAGCUUCUUACACCUUAUCAAAAAAGCACAAGCAACGUUACCACAACCAGUUCACAAGUUCCAAGAAAGAGUGUUCCUUAUGGAUAUGAUGUAAGGAUUUAUUCUUACAUUUCUCAAAAGACUGGUGGUAAUGGUAAAUCCCCUUUAGACACCUAUUUAGACGAGGAGGUGUUAGAUAUUGUCUCAUUUAGGAGUUUGAAUCUGAUUGGUUAUUGGAAAGACAAUGCAAAUAAAUUUAAAGAGCUUGCAUUGAUGGCAUGUGAUGUCUUGAGUAUUCCUAUCACAACGGUUGCAUCAGAAUCAUCUUUUAGUAUUGGCAGCCGUGUUCUUAAUAAGUAUAGAAGUUGUAUUUUACCAACUAAUGUUCAAGCAUUAAUCUGUGCAAGAAACUGGUUUAGAAGAUUUCAAGAUAUUGGUGAUGAAGAGUUCAAGUUUGUUGAAGAGGAAGGGAAUAUUGUUGCUGUCUAA